AUGUCCGCUCGAACGUUCCGACGCGGCCACGCAGCAAUGUAUGGCGCGCUGUCGAGCGCGCCCAUUGCAGAGAUCCGGACGCGCAAAUGGACCAAAGAGCCAAAGACAGUCGGCCACUUGUUGAUCCCGAAAUGGGUUCCCGAUCGGGAGAAUCCAACUGAGGCGCUGCAAAAGGGAGCGAGUAAGAAGUCAAAAGGACGGAAGCGUGGAGCUGGGGAAGGGGGACGCAUGACGCGCAGCGUGCGUCAGCAUCUGGACGCGCCAUUGGAGCUGCUGUCGGAGUACCCCGUGCGAGUCCACCCGCCGCGAACUUCGCCGUCACCUGCUGAAGCGACGCCGACGGAGCCACUUGACAGAUCACCAGCAGAGGCGCUCGAACAAGGUCCGUCUUCGGAUGUGCUGCCAACCGAUGGCGGGUCGUACGUUGCAUUGCAGUCCGCAGCUGCUUGUACUGUCUCGACUGUGGAACAAGGACCCGGCGAACUGAAACGCACGGAGACUGCGCUUAUUGCCGAUCAAACAGUGCAAGCAACUCGACCAGCUGGUGACGACAACGUGGCAAAAGCAUCAACUGCUGCCGCAGCAACAACUACCGCAGCAACAACUACCACAGCAACAACUACCACAGCAACAGCUACCGCAGCAACGGCUGUGUCAUCGAACCCGACGAUUCAGGCGAUGCCAAUGAUGCCCCCGGUGUCGAACCAACUGAUGACGGACGUGCCGUCGGACGAACAACUGGAGAUGGUGCUGGACGACCUGCCCAUGCUGGAUGCAGACGACGCCUUCGAUUUGGACGCUUUGGAUCCUGCUUUCCUGCCGGCUCCUGCACCCUCAGUAGCUUCAGCAACGAGUGGCCCGCAGUCGAGUGGUAUCAACGCAAAGCAGCAGUCGGUCGAGGACUCAUCCGCCUCGGCCAGUGAGGACGACGCGUCAGCGAACUCGGGCUCGUCCAUGCCGUCAGUAUCGCCACAGUCAUCACCACGAGUGAUGUCUCGAUCGUCGUCGCCAUAA